AUGGGAGAUUUUAUAAAGUCGGCCUUCGGCUAUUUUGGAGGACCAAAUCAAGGGGUUAAAGAACAUGAGUUAGUGGGAGAGUCUGUGGAAGUUGGGAAGGCUCACUUUCGUAUUCGUCGAGUAAUUGCCGAUGGUGGUUAUGGUGUGGUAUUCGAAGGAUAUGAUAGUUCCUUGGGACGAUCUUUCGCCAUAAAGCGACUUUUUGCUCCGGAUCAAGAUGAAGUAAAUGUUGUUAUGAAUGAAAUUAGUAUCCUGAAACGGCUUUCCGGGCAUCAAAAUAUAAUGGCAUUUUAUGGUUGCGCUCGUGCUGGUAAAGAGAGAGGCAAGCAUGCUGGGAAUGAAUUCCUCAUUGUCACUGAAUUGUGUUCAGGAGGUCAACUUAAAGAUUAUCUGCCUGUUCCACAUCAGGGUAAACACCUUCCAGCAGACAUUGUACUUCAGAUUCUUUCUCAAACCAGUCGAGCCAUUCAACACAUGCACAAACAAUCACCCCCAAUUAUUCAUCGUGAUUUAAAGAUUGAAAAUAUUCUUCUUUCUGAGUCAUUUACUAUCAAAUUGUGUGAUUUUGGUAGUGCCACUACGGAAACGUUUAUUCCAAAUAUAUCCUGGUCCGCCGUUGAACGUGGCAGAGUUCAGGAAAGUUUGGAAAAAGUUACGACUCCUAUGUACAGAUCUCCUGAAAUGUUGGAUUUAUAUCUCAAUUAUCCCAUCAAUGAGGCUCUAGAUAUUUGGGCCUUUGGAUGCAUUAUGUUCUAUCUAGUUUGUGGCUUUCAUCCCUUUGAAGAUUCGGCCAAAUUGGCCAUUCUCAAUGCAAAUUACAACCUUCCACCCUCCGAUAGUGACUUUGAACCUUUUCACAAUCUCAUCCGUCAAAUGCUACUGGUUGAUCCCACUCAAAGGCCGAAUAUAAACUCCGUUUAUGGAGAAUUAUCGGAUUUAGCUACCACUCGCAAUGUUCCCGCAUUCGAUUCCAUUAUCUUCAAUGAGGAUGUUAGGCGACGAUUGCGUAAUCGGUCAAGUGAUGGUCAACCGCCAGCUCAACCGCCCUCUCCUUUUGAAACUUCCACGCCACUCUCACGACCUCCGCCAAAUCACACACCCACUGUCCCUCCAAGUCGACCCUCAGUGGGUCCUGGUGCCGGCAGUAGUCGGACACGCUCUUACCUCCCCUCAUCAACCAAUGGGUCAGUGUCCUCUACGGAUUCAUCUCUUGAUACUCCCGAGCGCCAUUCACUUGGAGGCGGUGGUGGUGGUGGGGUUUUGGGAUUUCUCAAGGGCAGCGCAGGGCACUUGAUUAAAAAUAUCAAAGAGACAUCGUCUAAGGUGAUGGAGGCUGUCACUGCCGCAAUGCCCAGUGAUUUGGAUCUGCAGUAUAUCACCACACGCAUUGCAGUUAUGUCCUACCCAGCUGAAAGUGGAUUAGAAGCCGUAGUCGGCUCCCGCAACUCAAUGGAAGAAGCUCAAGCCUAUCUUGAUCGCCACCAUCCAAACAGCUAUGCUGUCUACAACCUCAGCUCACGACCCUAUCGGUCAACUUGCUGGUUUGGUGGUCGGGUCUCCUUCCGACGCUUUGAGCUCAAUCGGGCCCCUUCUCUGGCCUCUCUCAUUGAGUUGUGUCAAAAUGCCCGUCUCUGGCUGUCUCAAAAGCCCGAUAAUAUAUGUGUUAUCCACUGUGGAGAUGGUAGACAGCUUUCUGCUGUGUUUGUUUGCAGCCUCCUCUGUUUUUGUGGAGCUUUUUCUGAUGCUAGUUCGGCUGCAAGGUUCUUCAAUUCUAAAAGGAGUUCUUCGAGACUUACUCCUGCGCAGUUGAGGUACAUUGACUAUGUGGCAAAACUAGUGGCUGUACCUCCUCAUAUUCCUCAUAACAAACCUGUCAAACUGUUGAGUAUAUUGAUAGCACCCAUUCCCUCCUUCAAUCGACUCAAGAACGGUUGUCGACCCUAUGUUGAAGUCUCUCAAGGUGAUAAGAAAGUUUUCACAUCAAUGACGGAUUAUGAAUCUCUACGGACCUAUGAAUUCGAGGACCGAAAAAUUGAAGUCUUUCUAAACAACCUCAUGGUUUACGGUGAUGUGACCAUCAGCGUCUACCAUGCUCGGUCAUUCUUCGCUGGCAAGGGGAAAGCAUCAGCAGUGAAAAUUUGCCAGCUUCAAUUUCACACCGGUUUCAUUGACCCUAGUGUCACAAAGGUCACAUUCCUUAAGUCGGAAUUGGAUCAUCUCUACUCGCUACAUACAAGUGGCACUCAUAAUGCGAGUAUUCCCAGUGGUGGUGGUUCAGUAACAAGUCGGUAUGCAGAGAGCUUUCAUACUGUUCUUCAUCUUGCUGUCAGUCCAACAGAACGUCCACGUCAGGGCUCAACUCUUGUAUUCCCCUGGGAAACACUUCCCCCUGAAUCUGCUCGGAAACCCAUUCUCUGUUUCACUGACCCUUAUGAGAUGAGAUCAAUCAUGCCUCCUGAUGCACUAAAGGCACACGGCUAUUCUUCCACUGGUCAACCAUUAUCAGCACAAUCAAAAUCAUCGCCUCAAGUAAGUCGAAAUGGUGAGGAAGGCGCUAAACAGGUUGAUAAACCACCUCCUCGACCUGUUUCGUCGAAAAUUGCUGCUCCUCAAACUGUUGACACCCUGAUAGAAGGCCUAGGAUCCGCUCACCUUGACGAUAUUAAUGAACCCGCUCCAAAAGUUGAAAAGGAACCAGUCGCAGAGGAGAGUCAACCGAAAUCGGGCGAUGAGGCUUCUGUGGACACCCCUGUCGUCAAUGAUCUACUGAACAUAUCCUCUUCACCUUCGAAAACCCCAUCAAUCAAUCAUCAGCCCCCCUCCCCAAUUUCUUCCAAUCUCCUCUUUGAUGACCUAUUUUCCUCUAUUCACACUCCCUCAGCUAAGCCUGCCACAGAUGACUGGCAAGAUCCAUGGGGUAGUGAAACAGCUGUCAAUCUGAAUCCCUUCGACCCUUUUGGCACUGCCACAGAACCACCAGAAGAUUUCCAGAGGUCUCACUCUCCCCCAACCCCAAAAUCCCCCUCUGAUUUUGAUCCAUUUGGAACACGGAAAUUCAUGCAUACUAGUAGUAGUACAUCGAAUCUAUUUACGCCCUCAACAGUCGCUGCUACGUCACCAAAACCACCGAAUGUCCACAUUUCUUCCUCCUCCUCGAAUCUCACAAGGGGUAAUGGUAAUGGUGGUGUUGGAGGAAAUCCUUUUGAGGAAUUCGGAGAGUUCUUUGAGGCUCCGAAAGCCAAUUCCCACUCACAAAGCCCUAGUCAUCAAGACAAGAACUUUCCUUCCACUUCUGCUAAUAAUAGCAAACCUGGUCCAACUCCCUUUGGUUUCCCAUUCACUAACUCCACCUCCUCUGCUCGUCAAUCUCCCUUUACUCCUCCUACUGGUAGUACUCCACCUCCCACUAAACCAGCCGGCACAGCCCCGUUCACCUCCCCAAAACACAAUCCUCCUCCCCAGACCAAUACUACAUCUGGAAGUGGCUUUUCUGGUGCCCGUCCUCGAGUCACUGAAAAUGCGUUUGAAGAUCUCCUGGGAGGUUUUAAUUCAUCUGGUGCGGCUUUUGGCAGUUCUCGGAAGAACCAACAGCCUAAAACACUGGCUGAGAUUCGGCAUCAAAAGCUAGCUCAGACUGAAGAUCCUGAAACACUUAAGGUGAUAGAGUGGUUGGACGGAAAGGAGAAGAAUGUCCGAGCUUUGUUGUGUACUCUGGGCGCAGUGUUGUGGGAAGGCGUUCGGUGGGAGCAAAUCUCUAUGGCCGAUGUGAUGACUGUCAAACAGGUGAAGCAGCAAUACCGGAAAGCUGCCAGGGCUGUUCAUCCUGAUAAGUGGAUGAACACAGAGUAUAUGAAUAUGGCUAAGCUGAUCCUGAUGGAACUGAACGACGCAAUGGCCGAGUUCGAGAAACAAGAAUGUCCGUGUUAA